GCGGGGACUCCGAUCGGCGCGCUCGGCGCUCGGUUGCUAGGCGCUGGCUGUCCUGACAAUGAAUGGCUGCUGCUAGGCUCUGGCUGCAAGCAUUGAGAGAGAGAGAGAGAGAGACAUUGGGGAUACUGCAGUGUGCUGAGUGGACGCCAUGGCUCAGACCCUGCAAAUGGAGAUUCCGAACUUUGGGAAUAAUAUCCUGGAAUCUUUGAAUGACCAGCGGCUGCAGGGCCUGUACUGCGAUGUCUCCAUCGUUGUGAAGGGACAGGCUUUUAAGGCGCAUCGCGCUGUCCUGGCCGCAAGCAGUUCCUACUUCCGUGACCUGUUCAGCUCCAACAACUGCACAAGCUUCGAGCUUCCUACCGCUGUCCAGCCACAGUCCUUCCAGCAGAUCCUAGCAUUCUGUUACACUGGCAGGCUUAGCAUGAACAUGGGUGAUCAGUUCCUCUUGAUGUACACAGCCGGCUUCCUCCAGAUCCAGCAGAUAAUGGACAAGGAGACAGAGUUCUGCCUGAAGGUCAGUUCGCCGCGGUGCGAUUCCCAGGGCCUUCACGUGGAGGAGACCCCCUCCGAGCCCCCGAGCCCUGCCCAGGCCUCGCGAUCGCUGGCGGCCACCCCACUCUCGCUGGUGUCGCGCGUCAAGACAGAGCAAGCUGAAUCGGACACUGUGCAGUUCACCCCCAUCAGCAAGCGCCUGUGGGACAAUGGCCAGCGGGAGGGGAAUGGGAGCGCGGCUUCCAAACUAGCCCGGGUUUCUCACGGAGCCCCCGCUGUCCGGCAGCAGGGAUGUGGAGCGGGAGGACAGGGGAGCUCGGAGCGCACCAGUCCCGGCACCUCCAGUGCCUACACCAGUGACAGUCCCAACUCCUACCAGAAUGAAGACGAUGAGGAGGAGGAAGGUGGCGAGGACAUGACAGAGGAGCACUACAGACAGAUCUGUAACAUGUACACUAUGUACAGCAUGAUGAAUGUGGGCCCACCAGCAGCCGAGCGGGUUGAAGCCCUGCCCGAUCACUUAACCACAGAUGCCCGCUCGAGGGUCCGGAUGAGGAGAGACCUGGCGGCGUUGCCAGCUGAACUGAUCACCCAGAUUGGUAACCGAUGUCACCCCAAGCUUUACGCAGAGGGGGAUCCCACUGAAAAGCUGGAACUUGUUACAGGAACCAGUGUCUUCAUCACUCGAGCCCAAUUAAUGAACUGCCACGUCUGUGCAGGCACACGCCACAAAGUCCUCCUCCGAAGGCUGCUCGCAUCCUUCUUUGACCGGAACACACUGGCAAAUAGCUGUGGCACCGGAAUCCGCUCCUCUACAAACGACCCGAGCAGGAAACCUCUGGAUAGCCGAGUCCUUAAUGCCGUGAAAAUCUACUGCCAGAAUUUUGCACCCAACUUCAAGGAGAGUGAGAUGAAUGCCAUUGCAGCCGACAUGUGCACUAAUGCUCGUCGGGUGGUCCGCAAGAGCUGGAUUCCCAAACUGAAGCUACUGAUGGUGGAGGGAGACGCCUACCACUCCUUUAUUUCAGACACUACAGGGGUCAACCUCGACUCAGACGUACUGAAUGCUGAGCAAGCCUUCGAGGCUGCCAAUCACGAGGGCGAGGCAGGGUCUUCCCUGGAGUCCACUCAGUGACAGAAGCCACCCAGGAAGGAGGUGUCAAAAUCCAGGGUUCAAUCUAGAAUGACCCAUGAGUUGCAGAACAGACAAAAAUCUGGCGUCUUGUGCACACAAAUACUGUUAGAGGUACAGAAACAAAAGAUAUAUUUAUUCUGCAUUGAUGGGCAUUAAGAAGU